AUGACAGACAGAAGCCCCUUCGAGACGGACAUGCUCACCCUCACCCGCUAUGUGAUGGAGAGGGGCCGCCAGGCGAGAGGGACGGGGGAGCUCACGCAGCUGCUGAACUCCAUGCUGACGGCCAUCAAGGCCAUCUCCUCGGCCGUGCGCAAGGCCGGCCUGGCCAACCUGUAUGGGAUUGCGGGGAGUGUGAACGUGACAGGGGAUGAGGUGAAGAAACUGGAUGUGUUGUCCAACUCCCUGGUCAUCAACAUGCUGCAGUCCUCCUACAGCACCUGCGUGCUGGUCUCAGAAGAGAAUAAAGAGGCCAUCAUCACCGCCAAGGACAAGAGGGGCAAGUACGUGGUCUGCUUCGACCCCCUGGACGGCUCCUCCAACAUCGACUGCCUGGCCUCCAUCGGGACCAUCUUCGCCAUCUACCGGAAGACCUCAGAGGAGGAGCCUUCGGAAAAGGAUGCCCUGCAGCCCGGCAGCAAUAUCGUGGCCGCGGGCUACGCCCUCUACGGCAGUGCCACCCUGGUGGCUCUUUCCACUGGGCAAGGAGUGGACCUCUUCAUGCUUGACCCAGCUCUUGGUGAAUUUGUUCUGGUAGAAAAAGAGGUCAAAAUCAAAAAGAAAGGAAAUAUUUACAGCCUCAAUGAGGGAUACGCCAAGUAUUUUGAUGCUGCCACCACAGAAUACGUGCAAAAAAAGAAAUUCCCCGAGGACAGCGGGCCUCCCUAUGGGGCCAGGUACGUGGGCUCCAUGGUUGCCGAUGUGCACCGCACCCUGGUCUAUGGAGGGAUCUUCCUGUACCCGGCGAACCGGAAGAACCCCAAGGGCAAGCUCCGGCUCCUGUACGAGUGCAAUCCUGUGGCCUUCAUCAUUGAGCAGGCAGGGGGCUUGGCGACCACGGGCACCCAGCCGGUUUUGGACGUGAAGCCCGAGACCAUUCACCAACGAGUCCCCCUUAUUCUGGGGUCCCCGGAUGAUGUGCAGGAAUAUCUCACCUGUGUUCAGAGAAACCAGGUAGGCAAGUAG